AUGGCGUUCCGCACGUCCGCCGUGCGCUUCGGCGGCGCCGUCAAGGCGGGCGUCCAGCCCCACCUCGAGAUCUGGUGGAAGAAGAAGCCGAGCACCGGCGCGGUCGACGGCAUGACGACGCAGAUGAUCUCGCCCUUCGAGCUCCAGCCGACGCGGUCCCUCUGGGAGCAGUUCGGCCCGGCGAACUUCCUCAACAACUUCCCGUCCAUCUGGGACAUCGGGCCGGGCGCGGUCGCCCUCGUCGGCACGUACUACUGGGCCGACUGCACGGGGGCUCGCAACAUGCCAUCGAGACGUCAGCUCUUCAAACUCCCAUCGAGACGUGUGCUCCUCUGCUGCGCGUUCGCCGCCGCGGCGCCCGCACCCCCGAACACGACGACGCGCGUCGCGCAGCGCCAGCACGAGCAGCUCGUGCACCUCCACGAGCGCAAGCGCGAGGAGUUCCUCCGGCGGCACAACGCGACGGCGCCGCAGCGCGACGGCGCCGCGGCGCGCGCCGGGCCCCGCGCCCAGCACCGCGACGACGCCCCGGCGCCCGGCGAGAACGACGCCCACCGCGACGACGCCCCGCCGCGGCCGCACGCCCCGCCGCCGCCGCGCGCCGACCCGCCGCCGCCGCGGCUCGCGCCGUCGCAGCAGCUCGAGUGGGCGCUCGUCUCCGCGCCAAAGGCGUUCGUCGCCGCGCUGGGCCUCGCGCUCACCUACUGGGUCGCGCGCUGCAUCUACGGCACGGGCGCGCGAGAGGACCACGCCGCCAAGUCCGUCGAGCUGAAGCAGCUCGCGACGGCGACGUCGUCGUUCGAGGCCUCGAAUCGGCUGCCCGCGCGCCGCGCGCCGCCGCCGCCGCCGCCGCCGCCGCCGAAGCCGCCGUCGCCGACGAAGACCGACCGCCGCGCGGCGCGCGUCGCCGCGGAGGGGUCCCACGUCUGGGCCGGCGGCCGCCUCGUCGAGGGCGCGGCGGGCGCCGCGGCCGCGCGGGACCCGGAGGCCCACGACGAGCGCGACCUGCCGACGGACUCCGAGGACAGCUGGCUCGCCGUGGACCCGCCCUCCGAGGACGACGCGCGACGAGGCGGGGGCUCGUAA